ACAUGAAUUUACGUGAAUUAUUUUGAAUUAACGUGAAUUAAUUUGAAUUUGAAUUUUUGGUGUACACCAAAAAUGGUCUUGUUUCCCCCUAGGACAACAUAUUCAUCUUCCUUUGGCAUGGAGAAGUACGUACUUUUUUUACCACUCGCACGUUAGUAAGGGACCUAUUGCAAUGGGGUAAAAAAAUGCCCCCCCCCCACUUUUUUUUUACGGAAAUAUACGUUUUGAAGCGCCAGGAAUCUGUAUCAAACAAAAUAUUAAUGAUGUCGGUCUGUCUGUCGGUCCGUCUGUACACUCAUUUCCUGCUAAACCGCUGAACCGAUUGGAACCAAAUUUGGUACACAUAUUCUGAGACAUAAAAGCGCAGAAGGAAGGUAUGUGGGUGGUAUCUGUGCCGGCCACAGUAAAUUUGUUUAUAACUGUAGGUAAAUGUUGCAUUAUAUGGCAGUUGUGUGUUGCUUGUAGAUGACUUAAGCAUAAUCUGUCAAACAAACACAAAUUUGGGAUGUACAGCAGAAGUUACAACCCCCGCAAUUGAAUAUUGCUAGAUACGUAAGCAGAGCCAGGGAUCCUAAGGAUGCUAUGGUAAGAGGAACUUCUUUAAAGUCACGGAACUACAAAGCGCGAGGGGAUUUUAAUUUUAUGUGGCAAUUAUUAGGGGUUGCUUGUAGAUGAGUUAAUCUGUUACAGAAAUAAAAAAUUUUAAAGUAUAACCAUUGAAUUUAUAACUAUAAAUUCAAUGGUUAUUUAUAAUAAAAAAUAUAUAUUCAAUGGCCCUGCUGCUGCUGCGUAUAACGAAAGUACAACCCCCCCCCCCCCAACGAAUACUGCUAUGUAGGUAAGUUGCGCACUUUCUCCGAAAACAACGGAUUUUCACAGCAAGAGGGGAUUUAUUUUAUAUGGUAAUUAAGGGUUGUUUGUAGGUGAGUUAAGCGUCAUCUGUUACAGAAAUAGAUAUACUUAUCAACUGCAUAUUAUGUCCUUAACUUAAUAAAUAAAAUUGUCAGUUCAAACCCCGUACUGACGUCACUGGUAAAAAUUUAAAAACAUCUAUACGUAAAAAAAUGCUCCUAGGAAAAUGUGUGUACAAAAUUUUAUAAAAAUAUCUAAGAGUGAUAAAAAAUCAUGAUAAAAAACUUACUUUUUUCUUAAAAUAUUAACACCCUGUAGCUCAAAAACUAAGAGGUUUAGGACAAUUUUAAUAUAAACUUUUCUCCUUAAAAUUACCCGAGGAUUCACACCCUGUAUUAUCGGCAAUCAUUUAAUUAACACCCUGUAUAAUGAAAGUUACAAUCCCGCAAUUGAAUAUUGUGGUUAAAAAGCGACAUAUUUCAAGUCUUGCCUAGGCUUGACUAUAGUGGAUCCCCCCCCCCCCCCUUACUAGCCCGUUUAUGCGUUUAUGGUCUCCAAUCUUACUUACACGGCGGAAACGAAAUAUCUGCUGCUGGAAAGGCCGGGCACGGAAGGUAAUGCAUCGAUGGAGGUGCCGGCUUUGAGAUCGGCUCUCCAAGAGACCUAUUGCUAUUUGCUGGGGAUUAGAUGACAUCGAGUAAGAGAGUCCUCUCUGGAAAAUUGGCGGAUUGAUCUGACUUGGGGAUCAUAAGAUAAGAUUCUAAACGUUGGUAUGGACUGUUAUCUAUUGCGAUUAAAUCGAUUCUCAAUAACUAAUUUGCAACCAUGAGCUCGCCCUUCACUCGUGCGGGCCUUUGAAGUGUACGCGAAAAUUUGUUUUUUACUGGCAGAGACCAUGAAAUUAUCGCAAUGACCAUACUGAUGCUGAUAUCCAUAUUAUCGUUAGUCUCUUUGCGAUAGAACAGGUACCUUCAAUCCUUUAUCAGACAAUUUGUCUGCACUUCACUUGCUCAAUACGCAUCAUACAGAUAAGACGUAUUUCACCAUAUAACUGCUCUGUAAGCAAUUAAUCAUCUUCUCAUUUUUUGAUUUGUGUAGCGUGUGAAGGGUGAAUUUUAUCUAGUGCUAUCAAUGAAAUCUGUUAGAUCAGAGUUCACAGUACUGCAGUACCUAGAGAUACCAUGAGGUUUAAAUAAAAAACAGUAGUAGAACAAUAUUGUUCAUUGCAUCUUACACUCUAUGUCUCCAAGUUAGCAUGGGUAACUACUAUAAGUAUCAAGGUGUCAUUGAAACGUGGAGUGUUAUUUAAUAAGUCUCUUUUAGUAAGGUUGAGGAAUGCCAUUAACUCUGAAGAUUUCUCCUCCCCUCCCAAAUUCAAUCGGCGAUAUGAAUAAAUUUAGUUGUCAUGGUCACGAGAUACGGAGGGGACAUAAAUCAAAGUUAUCAAUAAAUAAAAUAUUCCACUGUAAAUACUAAGUAGGCUAAUUGAGUUUGUGUGCAAUAAUUGGUGCAUUUAAAAUUGUGACAUUUACUAUUGGCCCAUAUUUGUUGUCGUAAUGUUAUCAUUGGUCGCUGUCUUCACUUUAAAAACAAUGUUAUCUUUUCAUGAUAGUGGAGACGAAAAAUCGCGCGGUUUUCAUUUCGCCUUAUGAUGUAAAUUUCUAAACAAAAUAGCGGGAAGUACAACGAACUCUAUUUGUGCGUAUAUAAAUAUUGCGGCCUGAUUUUUGGCCAAAAUAAAAUUCUGACGAUUGAUAAAAGGUUUGAUCGAGGUGUGUCUUCAAUAACCGUUUAAAACUCAAUCUGCGUGGAUAAAGGGCAAAUUGUCGAGAUUUUUGAACAAACUAUGUCCCAAAAACCUGACGACUGAACCCCGGCCUGGGGCGGUGAAUGCGGAUCAGCUUAUCUUCAUCUUCAUAAUUUAACCUAAUCGUCCUAAUCGUCAGAUCGCUCGCUCGCUCGAUUUAAAAGAAAACAGAUGGACCGAUCACUAGACGUCGCCUAGUAUAAAAACAGUUACGGCAAUCAUUGCAGGUAGCCGUCCACUCCAAAACUGGUCGCGUGCGAGGUGUAAAAAAAUUAUGAUAUUAUAUUCUCAUUUCUAUAUCUAGCCCAUGCGAAGAAAAAGACAUAAGUUUUGCAGUGGGCGGCUACCUGCGACUGUUUUUAUACUAGACGGCGUCUAGUCAGUUGUUUUUCAAAGUCAAUAAAAAUAAAUUGACACUUUCCUUCGCUGAUUAGAUCUCUUGUUUUAAAUACAUUUCGAGUUUCCAUCGGCCAAUGCGUCAAAACUACAGUUUCCAUGGAAAUUAGCAUGAGAGAUAGGUUUAAGGGUAACAUGAAAAACCAGCACUUAAUGUAACAAAUUCAUGAUUUACAUCAGUACCCUGCAAAGGAGUGAAAGGGACACAUGCAGGUUCAAUUUUCCAACACAAAUGUUGAAGUUUGAUCCAGACUUAAUUAAAAUUCUCAUUCCGUUCCAUAUGAUUAAAAGAUCAGAAUAAGGGGAUAAAGGAAAAUUGAGUUUUUUUAACAUUCUCAACCAAAUAUGCAGGUUAUCAAAACGCCUUUGAGCAUCAUUUAAAUACAAAAUUCAGCAGGAAACUUAAAUACAACCAUAAAACUGAAAAAGUGACAGUAAUCGCAGAUGCCCCGAGACCCUGAGGUAAGUCCUGCAUUUUGCAUAUAUACCUAAUAUUUAAACCUACACUUUUCCUAAUCCUAAUCGAUAAAUGAAGAUUACCAGCAACGCUCAAAUUUCAUAAAAAUACUUAACAUUCAAUUAAAAAAAGUUGUUAAAUUAUUUAUUUUCAUUUCUGUAUGGCUGCAGCUUUUUUAGGGUGCGCUUCUAAUUGAAUGACGUUGUGAUGGGAGCGUAAUUAUAAUUUGGUGGCUGCAAAGCCAUAAAUUAUGAAAAGCGCUAUAUAUAGGUAGCAUAAUUUUCCCCGUUCAACCCUAAUAAAGGUUGUGAUGGUUGUUGCGUGCGAUGCAGCGUGGGAACUGCGCCGGUCUCUGUACAGGUCAAUAAAGAAACACCAAAUUCCAGUGUGCACGUGACAGCCUCCCUGUGUGGUGCCAUGGCUACCGCGAGCGAUGUUAAGUGGCGAUGAGGGGGCGCGAAGGCUGCGGCGCGAGCACGGUUUCCAACUACCGUUGCACCCGCUGCAGGUCACUGGAUGGUUAACACUAAUUUCAAUAUCAGCAGGUGCAUUUUUACUGUUAAUACCAGCUUUACCGUUGUACCUACAGCCCGCAGCCCUCGCAUCUCUUUCCGCGCUAUUGUUGCUGCAUUUGGUCGCUAAUCUGGGAGCGUCUUUGCUCGAUCCUGCCGAACCUCUCCUUCGACGUAUUUCUCCAAUUUCCGUACCAGAAUUGGAUCGCGCCAAGUACGCUCACGUAAUCGAGAACGGAAUUUGUCACCUUUGCGGAAUUCCGAUUACUGGGAAACGUACCAAACAUUGUAGCGCGUGCAACAAGUGCGUAACGUCUUUUGAUCAUCACUGCAAGUGGCUCAACCAUUGCAUAGGUGGUCGAAAUUACGUACCCUUCCUUAUGUGCGUCUCGACUGCGGUAGCAGCUGCUGUUCUUGUGGCAUUGCUGGCCAUUGCAGAGUUAAUUGUACAUAACAUUGAUCCGACGUGGCUGUCCAGAACACCAUUUAACGAAAGCGGAACGGAAUCUUCACCAUUACCAUCAACAAACGACGCUGCCUUUCUAACCGUGGUCGCGGCUUUAGGUAUUCUAGCAGCUAUCACCGCCGGAUUACUGCUGCACCUUUGCUUUUUUCACAUGUAUAUUUCAUUCCUCGGCUUAACCACGUAUGAGUAUAUAAGACAGCAACGACAAGUUUCCACUUCUGCACAGGACUCCACCGAAACAUCCAACCAUCACUGCUCCUCCACCCGUCAUCGCCCAGUCAAUCUUCAUUGCGAUAACCGCUCCGGAUCGCAGAUAACGGCUGUGUUUACAUGUGCUGUGCUCGAACAAACCUGUGCGGAGUGCACCGAACCGAUAACACCAACACCACCAACAUCAACACCCGAAGACUGCAGAACCUGCGUCGUUACCAACAACGCUAUAAGUCCCGACACCAACCAAGUUACUCAGCCGCAACCACCACGUAAAAUGAAACGCAGGUGGAACUGCUGCAUGUCCGUCCCAGACAGUCCAGAAGACCCCCAGAGCCCAUCGGAGCCGAAAUGCCUAAUGAAUUUGUGUAAAUACAAGUUGAAAGGUAAAAACUCAGAGACCCGAACACAUAGAACUCACGGUCAUUGGUCCAGUGCAAAAAUACGGGUAUUGUUUAGAGUAAUAGGAAAUUUAGGUCAAAAUAGGCGAAGGAACCCACCUGUGACGACACGCAACAAUCAAGUGUCCCCAUUAAAUGCGGAAAUGCACCAUCAACCCAUACAAACAAUUACCAAUAUAAUACCGGUGCCGUCCUAUCCAAACGAAGCCUCUGGACGAAUAACGCUGCCCGCAUUACCACCUCCUACCAGACGACGUAUCGUGAGCGACACCGAGCUGGCCGACGCUUUGAGCAUCCUCCAGCAGCAGCAAAGAAUUGGUGGCCGACGCCCUUUACCGCAAUACCGCAGGCGAAGACGAAGCACGGCGCAACGUCCAAAAACGCCCACGUUGUCGCCCAUCAGAGAAAGUGGCUUAUCAAACCCAGCUUCUCCGUCCCGACAGACUUGCACAGUAGCGGCCAUUCCCGGCUCGUGUACGCGUCCAUUUUAACUAUUUUGUUACAACGUGCGCGCUGUAUAUUUAGUUAGGAAUUUUGACCAAUUUCCACAAUAAUUGCGUGGUUACUAAAUAAAAGGCGCUGUACCUACUAAUAUAUAAGUAAUUUUUCAAUAAUUUAUACAAAUAAAUUUGAUGUUUCUUAUUAAAGUUAUAUUAUAUAAAUGUUGUAAUUCAAUAUAUUAUCAAAUGUUAAA